GGUGUCCGAGCUCCUGCGAGAAGAGGGGGCUCCCUCUUCUCGCAGGAGCUCGGACACCCGGGCAACGACAGCUCCCAGUACACGGACUUCGCCACCGCCUUCGAGGCCGUCGGACUCUCCUGGACCGCCGACUUCUGCGCCGACACCUUCCCCAACUCGGACAUGACCAACGGCGAGGCCUUCGGAGACCCGUGCUGCACCUGGUCGCAGGGCGGCACGCCCGACUUCACCGUCACGCCCUUCACCACGGACCCCACCACGGCCACCGUGUGCGCAACGUCGACGUCCACGGCGGCAUCGACGACGUCCUCCGCCACGACGGACACGACCACGCCAACGUCAACCGCUUCGUCGGCCGCUACUGCUGCGACCAGUGCUGAGACGUCCACUGCCUCGUCGUCCACGUCGGACACCACGACAACCUCGACGGCAUCUUCGGCCGUUAUGGGCAGCGCGACGACGCCCAGUACUUCGUCCGCUACGACGGACACGUCGGCGACGACUACCACGACAGCUCCUUCGACGGACGACUCGACCACUACUGGCGGCGGUGGCUGCCGAGCCAAGCCAUACUCAGGCACGAAGAGCGGAAAGAGUGGUCUGCGUGCGUAA